GAGGACGGAGGUUUGACUGAGAGGCAGACUGUUUGUGUCUGAACCAGGAUCAGUCAGGGAGUCUGUCUCCCUCAGACAAGGCGUGUCUUGUGUUUUCUUUAGGACAGGCGUAAACAGUGUCUCUCCAGGUGCCUUCAGGACAGGCGUUAACAGUGUCUCUCCAGGUGUGUCUUGUGUCUCCUUCAGGACAGGUGUACACAGUGUCUCUCCAGGUGUGUCAUCAUGCCGUGGCUGUUGUCCUCUCAGUUGGAGCAUCUGUCUUCGUCUCCGACUGAGCGUCAGUGUGAGCGGACAUCGUUUUCGUUCUACUGUGCAGUGCGGGAGCAGCUGCCAGUCUGGCUGCUGGAGGACAUGCGUAGUAUGGAGGUCUUCAGCUGGGAAGACGGACAGCCUCGACCCUUCCUGCCAUCUGAGGCACUGCUCUAUGCGCUUGUGCACGACCACCAGGACUAUGCACGCUACCUACUCACCACGUACUCAUUGAGCGCGCUCAAACCGCCUCGCUGCAGCUUCUGCUGCUGCCGCAGUAGCGGCGCGCCACACCUGACCAUGGCGGUGCGCUAUGACCGCGUGUCGAUCCUUAGCAUGAUGGUAGAGGCUCUGAAGGACUGUGACUCGAAGAGCAUGCGGCAGAACUAUCUGGACAGCUGUGGCGGCUGCUCACAUGUGGCAGACUCAGGGAAGACGGCGGUGCAGCUGGCGGUGGAGCUGUCACGGCCUGAAUGUCUGUUGCUGCUGCUGGCUCACGGUGCGCUGCCUGACGGCCUCGAUGCCGCACUGCAGCGACUUGUAACCUCUGAGGCGACAGACCGACGCCACGCACAGCGCUGCCUCGACUUUCUACUGCUCUUCCUGCCAGAACCACCGUCGCUGUGCCACCUGCGGGACGAGCCACAUCGUUGGCAAGGCCUGCUGGGAAAUGAAGUGUUCAGCUGGCUGUGCGGUCUAGCCCCGCCCCCCCUACUGCUGCAGGCACUCAGGUGUUUGGCCCGGUCCGGCCCUGACCACAUCACCACGCUGCCUGACUUCCUGCAGCCACACAGCUGGCAGUGACAUCAUCUGUCACCAUGCAAACAACACUGCCAUCACCUCAGGACUGCUGUGAUUGGACGGUAUAUUGAUGAUGUAAAUAGAAUGUAAAUCAAGACUAAAAACAGACCUGAUCACUGAUCGGCGAUCAAUUCUGCUGAGUCACCUACAGAGUCUGACACAUGUAAAUCUGAUGUUUCUACCUCAGUGUCCUGACGAGACAGAAGAAGAGUUCUCUGUGCUUUAACGCUUCACAACAGGAAAUACGUCUCAGGUUCGAAUCCGGCUCGACAUCAUUGUUUCCUGUCAUCUCUGCACCCUGUCUAAAAAAAGACAUUCAAAAAUAAAUAAAAUAUAUUCGAUAUCCUCAAUCAUAUCACUUAAUCAUCCCCUCAGUUUAUAAAUUGUCAGAUACAGGAACACAACACCUCAUGUUAGAAACACAACUGAUCCCUGUCAGUCUCCUCUGUGUGAGUGUGUCUGUUCAUGUCCGAUCCAGAACCAGAGAGAGGAGGUGUCCAUUUUAAUCGCACUGACUCUUGUGUCCUGAAUGAAAAACCUGUAACACAAUGAGGAACGUGUUUCAUGUGAAUAUCAAAGGGAGAUUACACCAGUUUUCUGGACGUACAGAGGCCUAAUGAUCUCACUGACUUCAUUCAACGGGAUGUAAGAUCAGACAUACACUUUACUACCUGGCAAGUAAAUCAUUUCUUUUUGUUUCUUUCCUUCUUCAGCUCAGGUCUUUGAUCAACACUGUGAUGUAAAUAAAAUGUAUUUAUCUUAAAAAAAUGACAGACAUUUGCUUCUUGUAUGUUGGAAACACUUGUUGACGUGUUGUCUGAAACCUGUUGGGCUCAUGUUUUGUUGAAAAUCAUGUUGAAAAUAAAUAAAACCCAACUGCUUCAUGCUGCUGCAACGCUUUAAAA